UAAAAUCGCCUCUACCAGAGAGACUCACAACCCUUUUGUUUCCUUUUCUUCUUUAGAUCGUCGAUUUUAGUUCUUUCCUCCACUAACAAGUCUUCGUCGUCGUAGAACCAGAAGAUCGUUAAUGGCGGAAACAGAGACGUUUGCUUUCCAAGCUGAGAUCAACCAGUUGUUGAGUCUAAUUAUCAACACUUUCUACAGCAACAAGGAGAUCUUCCUUCGUGAGCUUGUUAGCAACGCCUCCGAUGCUUUGGACAAGAUUCGUUUUGAGAGCUUGACUGAUAAGAGCAAGCUAGAUGCUCAACCAGAGCUGUUCAUCCACAUCAUUCCCGAUAAGGCCAACAACACACUGACCAUCAUUGACAGUGGAAUUGGAAUGACUAAAGCAGAUUUGGUGAAUAAUCUAGGUACCAUUGCUCGUUCUGGUACCAAAGAAUUCAUGGAAGCCAUUGCUGCUGGUGCUGAUGUUAGCAUGAUUGGACAAUUUGGUGUCGGUUUCUACUCAGCGUAUCUGGUUGCAGAGAAAGUCAUUGUCACCACAAAACACAACGAUGAUGAACAGUAUGUUUGGGAGUCACAGGCUGGUGGGUCAUUCACAGUAACCCGGGAUGAAGGUGAACCCCUUGGCAGGGGCACUAAAAUUGUCCUUUAUCUCAAGGAGGACCAGCUUGAGUACCUUGAGGAGCGCAGGCUCAAGGAUCUGAUUAAGAAGCACUCUGAAUUCAUCAGCUACCCAAUCUCCCUUUGGGUCGAGAAGACAACCGAGAAGGAAAUAUCCGAUGAUGAGGAUGAAGAAGAGAAGAAAGAUGAAGACGAAGAGAAGAAAGACGAGGAAGGCAAAGUUGAGGAGGUUGAUGAAGAGAAGGAGAAGGAAGAGAAGAAAAAGAAGAAGAUUAAAGAAGUGUCUCAUGAAUGGUCUUUGAUGAACAAACAAAAACCCAUCUGGAUGAGGAAGCCAGAGGAGAUCACCAAGGAAGAGUAUGCAGCUUUCUACAAAAGUCUCACCAACGACUGGGAGGAACACUUGAAYGUGAAGCACUUUUCKGUYGAAGGACAGCUGGAAUUCAAGGCUGUUCUUUUCGUACCCAAGCGGGCCCCCUUUGACCUGUUUGACUCGAAGAAGAAGCCCAACAACAUCAAGCUUUAUGUCCGUCGUGUCUUUAUCAUGGACAACUGUGAAGAGAUCAUACCCGAGUACCUCAGUUUCGUUAAGGGUAUUGUGGAUUCCGAGGACCUUCCCCUUAACAUUUCAAGAGAGAUGUUGCAGCAGAACAAGAUUCUGAAGGUUAUUCGCAAGAACUUGGUGAAGAAAUGCAUUGAACUUUUCCAGGAGAUUGCGGAGAACAAGGAGGAUUACGUCAAGUUCUACGAAGCCUUCUCCAAGAAUCUCAAACUGGGUAUCCACGAAGAUUCCACAAACAAGACCAAACUCGCGGAAUUGCUCCGAUAYCACUCCACCAAGAGUGGAGACGAGAUGACUAGCUUGAAGGACUACGUGACGCGAAUGAAAGAUGGUCAAAACGAAAUCUUUUACAUCACGGGUGAGAGCAAGAAGGCCGUAGAGAAUUCCCCA